CACUUAAUGGACUGAGCCAUCCAGGCGCCCCUGGUGCUCUCCCGUUCUCUGCUGGCUCCCUUCUCGUUUAUAUGAACCUGGAGAAAAUCUGGAAGGGACCCCGAGAUCGGUUCUCUCUCCUCCAGAACUUUGCCAAUGUCUGCCUCGCCGCUGCAGUAACCCAGACCCUCUCCUUUCCUUUCGACACAGUGAAGAGAAAGAUGCAGGCUCAGAGUCCGUACCUUCCGCACCGUGGAGGAGUGGACGUCCAUUUCUCGGGAGCAGCGGACUGCUUCUGGCAGAUAGUCAAGGCCCAAGGGGUCCUGGCGCUCUGGAGUGGACUGACAGCCAACUUGCUAAAGAUAGUUCCGUAUUUCGGAGUUAUGUUUGGCACCUUUGAGUUUUGCAAGAGAAUCUGUCUUUACCAAAAUGGUUACACUGUGUCUCCUCUGAGCUAUCAAUUGACUCCAGGGGUGGAUCAGAGUUUGAAGCCCCAGGAAUUGCGGGAAUUUAAAAAGUUCUUCAAAACCAGACAGCUAAAGUCUAAGAAACCAACCCUUUAAAACUGAACGGAACAAGAAGUGCACUGACGGAAGGCGUGUUACAAUCCUGGAAAAGAUGUGGCCUCGUAAUUGUGUGUGCGUGCAGUGACGAGAGCGUCUGCCUGUCUGCUGCUCUCGGAAGCGAGAAGGUUCGGCGGUAUACCACCUCUGAGUUCCAAACUGAUGUCCUGGUGAACAUCUGUGCCGUGGGAGGCUUCCCAGCGUGACUCUUGCAUGGCGGCAUGCCACCCAAUUUAACAAAGCACCACUGUAAUGAAAUGUGCAAUGUACGUGUGCAACUUAAAUAACACCAAAGAAAUGGAAUCACCAUGACCUCAAAACAAAAUGUAGUUGAAGUGGCUGAGGAGAGAUACCACAUCAUGAGCUCAGCCACUGGGUCACAGCUUGCACAAACCCACACUGGCCGAGCUUUGCUCCAUUCGACCCAAGACUUCUGCACAUAGUUGUUCUGAAACGCCUAAUCCUUGCUGACUCCUGAGUGCACACGCUAUAGUUUAAAUGAUGCCUUGGCAGAAACUAAAUGAAAGCCUUUAACAUUUGGGGCGCCUGGGUGGCUAAGUUGGUUAAGCAGCCAACUUCAGCUCAGUUCAUGAUCUCGCAGUUCAU